ACUGCAACUUAAAAAGCUGAAGUCUCUGGAGGUGGCGGCUGCUAAAUGUUCUAAAUUGACGGACCUAUCUGGUGCCGGGGUCACCACCCCAGCAGGUGCUGCCGCGCCGGGAGACGAGCGAGUGGAGACAUACACGGUUGACCACCCUAUAAAUGAGAGCCUAAGGAGUUGUUUUCCCUCUGUCCCCUUUUGAGGACCUCCUUUGUCUCCUCCAUCAUUCACUGGGCCACUUUUGGGUUCCUGAGCUCAUUUCAUGUGGUUUUCCUGACCUGCUAGAAGUUCUUCUAUGAUGCUUGAGUCAUCCAUCAUAUCUGAGAGCUUCGUCUUGACUUUGUGACAUAUAUGGCAACAAGUGGCAGCUUUGUCCUGAUGUGGCAGCCGGCUGCUACUAGAAGAAAUCAGCUUAUAAUGGAUUUGGAUGUUGGGGUUGGAUCUUUGUCAUUCUGAACACCAAAGAUACAUCAAGCAAUCGGGUUGAAGAUUCAGAUUCAGUGAUUCUGAAAGGAACUCGAAUAUUACAUCCCAGUAGGACCAAAACAUGCGCAUAAGACCUGCAGGAGUGAUUAAAGUCUGCAGCCUCUGACCACUGUUUAGAAAUCAGGAAACUACCUGUUGCAAUGAAGCACGUUCCAUCUACAAGCUGCCUUCAGUAUGAGAGGCCAAAGCUCUGCCAAGUCGGUGCAGACUGUCAGUCCCUGAGGUGAUGUCCCGGAGGAAGAGAAGAAAACAAACAGCAUCUCCAUCUCCAGCGAACAGGUCAGGAAGUGUCUGAGGUGCUUGGAGAACAGACUGAUUUCCCAUUAAGGAGUGAGAGGCAGAAGGGCAGAGCCACAGGGGAGGCGGAUGGGAAGACAGUUCCUCCAUCAGGUCAGAGUUUUCAGCUUCUACACAUUCAUAGUUUUAUAUGUAGUGUGGGGACCUGGUUGUAAGAGAAAAUGCGCUUUUGACCCAAAGGUCACAAGUGUCAGUCCCUGAAAAAGCCGGUGUCGGUCUGUCCUCCUUUCCUCCUGAGACACUGAGCAGGUCGUUUUAGAUGAUUUUAAAGCGUCAGUAGACGUCACGUGGUGUUUGCACUUUCUGUCAGGGAUGUAGUUCUGGUUUUCAAACUGUAUUUGUAUUUUGUAUAUUGGUAUCAAUAUUGCUGAUUUUGGCCCUGGUGUACUUUUUAUCAGAUCAAAACCAAACUUUGUGAAACCUGUUGUUUAGUUGAAAGUGGCCUAAAGUUCAUCACACGCUCUCGUCAUACCCUUCAUCCUGUCUUCGUCUGCACUCACAUCUUUUUAGUCUGACCAGGGGAUUCCAGGUGAAAUCCUCUUUGGUCAACACUGACACAGCAGACAAAGCUGUGUGGCUUAAGUGUGAAUUACAGGAAGAUGAUUUGUCUUGUCCUUUCAAGGAAUUACAUUUGGCCAAGAAGUAAAAAAUUACAGGGAGCGUAUUGUGUAGCACACUAAUACUGACCUCAGCUCCUGUGGUUAAAAAAGCGUUUUAUACAUGUGGUUUUUUUCAAAGCCUCCAACAUACAGGCUAUUUCUGGAUGUAUAGACUAGACAGCAGUGUAACCACAGGAGAGAUCGGCCCACGACCGUGCAUGCAGGACACACACACUGAAAGGUGGACAUUAUCCAAACUAAAAAAAGCUGCAAUGAAAAAACAUUAGAUGUUACAAAAACCACAGAGACAUCCUUAAAAAAAAGAUAUAAUUCAGCCCGUUUUUCAGGCUCACAGAUCUUUCAUGUAUCACAGAGUCAAAGACGAACAUGUGGCUCCUGAUUUUUUCACAGAUCAUCUUUUCUAAUUGGUGUAAUUCCUGUAAUUUAUUGUAAUUAUGCAAGUCCUCUAUUUUCCUCUUAUUAACCCUUCACAGUGAGACUUUUAGUAUCAAAAUGUACAAAUACAGAUAAAAAUCAACCACCACAAUAGGCAAACAUGCCGGAAAAAUGUGUAAGAAAACUCCUGUAAUUUGUUUUUCCACGUGACAGGAAGCAGCAGGCCGACAGUGACCAGGUUAACACGCACCUCGUCCCAUAUUCCCUUACACACCACCUGCAUUAUUUAACAUCAGCAAACAAGACCAGCUGAUACACCCCGUGACUCUGCAGUUGUCUUUGGAGGUGGUUGUUGUAAAGAGGACUAUAUUUCUUUACCUGGUUCAACACUCUCGUGCAUCUCUGGAAAUGUUUGCUGCAGCCACUAAGAAUUUUGUGAAGCAGGUUGGAGACACCGGGAGGUUGAUCCCAGUCCCGAGCCUGAGCGAGGCCGACCGCUACCAGCCCCUCAGCCUGGUCACCAGGAAGAGGAAGAGGCAUUUCUGGAAGAAGAGCAAGUACGCCUCGACCCCUUUCUCACUGAAAGACAUCCUGGUCGGGGAGAAGGAGAUUACAGCAGGGGUGUCUUCUUAUCAGCUCCUGAACUAUGAGGACAAAUCCGACGUGGCCCUCAACGGUCGCCUGGGAAACCACAUCAUCAACGACGUGGGGUUCAACAUCAGCGGAUCCGACUCCGUGGCCGUCAAAGCCUCCUUCGGCAUCGUGACCAAACACGAGCUGGAGGUGCCCACGUUACUGCGGGAGCUCAACUCCAGGAAAGUGGACCUGGAUCACUGCCUGGUCCGUCAGUCCAAAGAGAGCAAACGAAGCGUGCUGUGUGUCGUUAUGGAGAGUAUCCGCACCACACGUCAGUGCUCUCUGACCGUCCACGCCGGCAUGAGAGGGACAACCAUGAGGUUCCAGAUCGACGACGGCAGGAACCCCAAAGGUCGUGACAAGGCCAUCGUCAUCCCGGCUCACACCACCAUCGCCUUCAGCAUCUGUGAGCUGUUUGUUCGACUGGACGGGCGGCUCGAUAUUUGUGUUGCCCCGGAGUCUCAAGGUGGAUUUGAGCGGGAGCAGAUCAGGGAGCAGCUCGGUGGCUUCAUCGGCCACUUCUCCAUGGGUCGACUGCGCCGCUUCCUGUCCGGGAUCAUCUAUGGAAACCCCUUCAGGGCAGAUGACCGAACAUUUGAGGAGCUCACCCACUCCGACACCUACAUGGAUGACAUGGUGACCGACUACUACGAGAAAGCCGCCAGCAUGACAGACAUUUCCACCGCCUACCUGAGGGAAAGCACCCACACACGGGUCAACCUCUUAAAGCACAACAUCCCCAAGGGCCCUUGUGCACUGUGCGGCAUGGGGAACCAGAGGCGGGAAACUGUCUACGGUUGCCUGGAGUGCUCAACUGGAGGCCAAAAAUAUGUUCGCCUGCAUGUGGUGCCCUGUUUCGACCUUUGGCACAAAACACUCAGGUGAAAAAGAGGAAUGCUUACACAUGGUAGCAGCUUUGUUCCUAUGUAGGUCGUUUUUUUCUCGUGGUGCGAGGUCCCACAAGUGUAACUGUUUACCAUGCUGUUUUUGAGAUGUUUGUCUUGUUUUCUUUCCAAUAAAAAACAUUGAAACAGCCAUGACAGUAUAAACACCUUUCACAACUACUUCAGAAACAGCCAAAUGUUCCUGUAAAAGAUGUAAAUAUAAACUAGGUGUUAUGUAUCACUUUGCGGUGUAGUGUAUAGUAUUGUUUUCAGUUUACAUUUGGCACCAGCCUAUUUCCACACGUAUGCUGUGUAAGCACUGUAUCAGCUGGACAAUGAAUUAUUCAGUGACAGGAGGGAUCAUGUGGAGGCCACAGAGGAACAACUAGAAAGGACAGCCUGGCUUUGUUAAAUGUGGCGUUUAUAUAACAGGUGGUUUUUGAUUUGAUUGUCUAUAACAAGUGUGUGAAUAUUGAGUAGAGGUGAUAUUUUAUGAGUAAAUGACAACUAAUCUUGUUUGAUGGAAGUUUGUGAGUCUUGUAGUUCUGUUGUUUUCUCCUGAGCCACUUGUAUAAAUACAUGAUCAUGAUGAUGAAAAAACCCAUAAAGCUCACUGAUAAUGAUUCUA